GUGCAUCAGGGGAAACAAAAUGUCCGCCCAGAACMCGAGCUAACGCUAAUUUAACAGAAACAACCGACAAUAAAUAGACAUUUCGCGAUGUUUUUCCGAACCGCGGGAAUGUCAGUACCUGUGUGAUACCUUCUCUGUGUUCAGUUGAAGCCAUGUCAACCAGAGCCGAGUGCAGAGUGUCCAGCUCCAGCUCCAGAACAGAGGAGAGAGAAAGGAGGACAUCGACAAGCAGAGGGCGAGAAAAAAGGAAGCGGAAGCGCAGCCGCAGUAGAUCGUCUUCAUCGUCCUCUUCAAGUUCGUCUUCAUCGUCCUCUUCAUCUUCCUCAUCAUCAUCAUCAUCAUCGUCUUCAUCGGGUUCAUCACAUUCGUCCAGCCGCAGUCGAAGUAGUUCGAGUAGCAGUGAAUCCCGCAGUAAAUCUAGAAAGCAAUCAAAGAAAAGGAAAAAGGAGAAACAACACAAAAAAAAAGGGAAGAAAGAAAAGCGUCAUAAACGUAAAAAAGACAAGAAAGCAAAAGGAGGAGAGGAAAACUCGGGACCUGUACAGAUCUCCAAGUACUUGAAGGACAGGAAAAAAGGCAAGUACAGCAUGAUUUCAGGGAAGAAGAUAAAGAUGAAGGUAAAGAAGUCAAAGAAAGACAAACAGCGGGAUAAAAAUCGGGCAGAACUUCUCGACUUCUUGAACUCCACUCUGUGAUGACACCAUGUACGCCACAAGUGGUGGUCAGGCUCGGACACGUCAGCAGAACUCAGGAAACAACGACUGAGCGGUGCAGGAGAACAAGUUUUUUUCUAUAGAAGAGAUGAUGAAUACAACUUGAACAGACACACAGGGGCAGCACUGAGCUGCACGGAGGGAAGGAGCUGCUGUUCUCGCAGCGAACUGAGACGCUGGUGUCCAGAUGCCCAAUUCUUCAGCUUUUACUCUGGUAGUGUUUGUGACAUGAGACAUGAGACAAUGUUGAGCGUUGUUAUCUGAAAUUUUACCUGUGGCCAAAUGGACCAUAUGAAGGUGAAAGUGGCUCAUCCGCCACUUUACAUGUGGUUUAAUCAUUCGGUCACUGCUUUAAAAGAGGACUCCACCAAUUUAGUAUUGCACUAAACUUAGACUCAACAUGGAAAGUUUAUUUAAAUGAUUCAAAUUUUUGCUGCAAAGCAAGAGCUUUUGAUUUGUCCUCAUUGUCAGAACCUGCUGCCCACGUUACCCACAUCGUAACUCGGCCUCUCAAAGUUUUGGAAUCGAAGAGAUAAGUGUUAUUCUAUGUGGCCUCACGCCUCAAGCUACAUGCAGAGAUAUUGAGUGUGACUCGGGCUGCUAUUCUUUUGUCCGAACCAAGGAGAAAAGUCAAGGACCCUUACCUGACAGGAAAUCUGUUAUUUGUGUCUGAACCCAACCCUGAGCCCGACCCUUUCAGUGGCCCGUCAGGCUGGGGCCAGAGACCACACCACCAGAUUAUUUGGAUUUUCAGUUUUUGCUGGUGCUGACACAGCUCAGAGAAUUUGUAGGAAUUUAUCAGAUUCCACAUGACUCCCUCUGGGGCCACGAAGAGCUUCUACAAUUUGUUUUCCUCCAAUCACCAGUUCUCCUCAUGACCUAACAGAUGUUAAUGUGUAAAAUUGGUGAAGUUCUCCUUUAAAGUGUAAAAUAAUUUCUAACAUUUUGACUGCGUCAACUUUACUACGUAUAGGACUGUGUAUUUUUUUAAUAGGAAACCCUAUGUCAUGUUUCCACAGUAAAACUCAGCCUUGGGAACCACAGUGUUAUCAGUGUGAACUGAUAUUCUAGUUUUUGAUGUACAUUCUGUUUAAAAUGAGGAGAACUUACUCUUAUGUUGUGUUUGAUGACUGUACGACACACUCAUGACAUUCAUUCCCCAAAAUCUGUCACUUCUGUUAUGUACCAGUUAUUUUAUUAAACUGAAAAACAAAACACAGUCACUAUUUCGCCCUCGUUGUGUCAAACCAGUUGGAAGCUUUAUAUGAAUGAUGGAGUAAACCUGUCGUGUACUGUUGAACUUUACUGUGUGAUAGACAAGAAACUGCUGGAAAGAUUUUGCUAUGAAAUGUUUGGUUUAAAAAAAUCUUUAUCAUUUA